AAAGUUUGGCAUGGAGAGAGCAGCUAAGCAAAAAUCCAAACCUCUCUCUGAUAACCGGAGUAGCAGUAAUAGUAGGAGGGUCCUGUCUGUGCUGCUCCUGACUGCAGCAGCAACUGAUGGUCAGUCUUUCCAUAUUGGCAAAUGUUCCAAACCAGCUGUUCAAGAGGACUUCAAUGUUACACAGUAUAUGGGUACCUGGUAUGAAAUAGAGAAGCUUCCAGCUGUGUUUGAAAGAGGAAUAUGCAACCAAGCUACAUACAGUCUUCAGCCAGAUGGGACAGUCAAGGUUCACAAUGUGGAGCUACUGCCUAAUGGGAAUAUAAACUCGAUUGAGGGAGUUGCCAAAGUUAAAGAUCCAUCUCAGCCUGCUGUUCUAAGCGUCAGCUUCUUUAAAGAUUAUCAGUCCUAUGCUUUGGUGUACUCCUGUUCUGACUACUUUGGACUUUUGAACAUUGACUUUGCCUGGAUCCUGGCUCGCACCCGUGCGCUGACUGAGGACGUCAUCAGCCAGUUACACGAGAAGCUGACUGCUGCUGGUGUAAAUGUAAACCAUCUUACAGUCUCCAACCAGACUGCUUGUGAUAUGGUUUAUGGCCUGAGGCAUGACCUGCAAAGAUGAAACCAGGAAAAAAGUGCUGAUCAUCUGUUUGAGCUAUAAUGGAAACAAUGUGUUGUGUUGUGGUAUAAUAGAGAAUACAGUUGGAUAUCUGUCUUUAAUCUAACUAAAAUUUAAACAAACAAACAAAAAAGAGACUGGGGUUUGUUGAGGACUGGGGGGCACUUUAAAUGGGGAUAGUGGGGGUCUUUCCUCAAGGAAUUUUUAAUCAUCACUUCAUUUUUUUUGCAUUCUGGUGAAUUUUAUGCCCUGAUUUGCACCUUUUCUGCAGUAGCUCAUAUUGCAAGUGUCUUUCAUUUUUUUAUUAAUUUGACUAAAAAUACAAAACUAUGCAUCUAUACCAAUAAAUAGUAC